AUGUUUCAUUACAUUCUGAUAUCAAGAUGCCUAUUUCCAUUAAUUACUGGUUUGAACCUAAAGGUAUUCUCCAAAAUGUUGUUUUUCUUUGAGGAAUUGAUUUAAAUCAAUUUAUAAAGUCGAUCAACUCAAACAUUCCUUAGGAUAAACAUUUCAUAAAUUUGUAGUGACAGAUAUGAUUUAGAUGAUCUCACUCAAAAGAGAUGUGAAAAAAAAACCAUCAAUUAUUCGAUCAAAUUUCUAAGCAUACAAGUUACACCAAUGGAAAAGGGUUAUGUAGGUAUCAAAUAAUGCAAAUUAGAGGAGAGCCCAAUUUGA